AUGUAUGACUUCGCCAGCUGUGCGCUGCUGCUGGUCCUGAGCUGGCGCACAUCCACAGGACUCCCGGUGACUUCACUGAGCACAGAGAAAUGCGAGGAGUGCUCAUCGCUCCUCAAGAGCCUCCAGCUGGAUAUCAAAGGACUGCUCAACAGUAGUGUUUGCCAUGGCAUCCCUACUGCUGACAUGGAGAUGACGAGCACAGCUGAGACAGUACAGGCCUGCGCACCCGCUCUGACUCAGAACCCAGGCUGCAAUGCACCGAGAAGUUCAUCCUUCAGUGAGGGUGAAUGUCUGAGGAACAUCAUGAAGGACUUGGCACACUACACUGCUGUUAUUGAGUCCUACCGCAACUCCACAAUCAGAGAUCCUGAGGGAGAAGCUGCACUUCUGAACACAACUCUGGGAAUAAUUCACAGCCUGAGGAAGAACUGUUCCCUGAUGCCUGAUGGAGGGAACGACACUUCAAAGGAGGAUCUGGCUCAUACCUGGGGAAAUGACAGCUUCAGUAACAGACAGAAGAUGUGUAAGAUGAUGAGGGCCUUCCAUGUCCGAACCAUCACCUUCAACCGAGCCAUGGGCUACAUCUCCUCAGGAGACCACAGGAAGUAAACACCCUGUAACCUCAUCAUCAUCACCAUCAUUCCAAUCAAUACCACAAUGUCUCAUCUUCUUUAUCUGAACAAACCUUCCUGAUCAUUCACUACCAUGACAACUACUCACCAAGUCGUGCUUUACACUGCACAUGCUGCAAAUGUCUGCAUGAUCACUGCGCAGGCAUAAGCUAGCUGGCUUCAGUGAGAGCUGAGUGACAGUCGAAUU